CACAACUUCCCUAUCGUUCCCUCCGUCGACACCUUGUCUUUCUACACAGUCUACAUGUGCCAUCACAUUCAGCCUUCCUCCGUCGAUUCCUAUCUAUCGGGUAUUUGCAACCAGCUGGAGCCACUAUAUCCAGAGGUUCGCACGCUUCGCCGUCAUCACCUCGUGACUCGCACGCUUGCUGGGUGUAAACGCAUGUUCAGCACGCCCGCGAACCACAAGGCUGCGCUUGAGCCCCAUCAUUUGCUCACUCUCCUGCAGCAUUUUCCGCCUGACUCGCACAACAACCGGCUUUUCCGUGCUCUGGCGCUCUCAGGUUUCUUCACGCUGCAUCGCCUCGGUGAGCUCGUCUGGCCAAACGACAGCGACCUCCGAUCUUGGCGCAAGGUCAUCUCUCGGGUUUCAGUUACUCCCACCAGUGACUCAUAUGGGUACACGCUACCAAGCCACAAGGCUGACCGCCUUUUCGCUGGUUCGAGUAUCCUCAUUUCCGACACCUUUGCCCCUGACGGCAUCGCCCCCUCGACAGUUUUUCGCGACUAUCUUUCCAGCCGCGACGGCUUGUUUCCGCUGCAGCCUGCGCUCUGGCUCACUGAGGAUGGUCAGGUGCCCACGCGAAGCUGGUUUAUUUCUUGGCUCCAUCGCGCGAUUCCAGAUCAGAACAUCUCCGGCCAUUCUUUGCGCGCCGGCGGCGCGACGUUUUUUGCGAGCAUUGGCUGGCCUGACGACCGCAUCCAG